UAUAAUAAUUUCCUUCCUUCUUCUCCACCUCCUUCUUCUCCCCUUCUGUGACAGAGAUUCCCUCUUUCAUUCAAUCUACGCCUCGUCUUUGUUUUCGAUUUUCCUCUAUCAGGUUACAUAAAAAAAAAAUCAAAAUCAACCCCUCUUUUUUUUUUUUGGAAAACCCAGGAGAAAAAGAAAGUGGAGAACUUCGAGAAAUCUGAUGGGUGAUUGUUCUUCGUCGUCUUCGUUUCGCGAGCUCUCCAGCAUCAAAGAAACCUCGUAGAACAAAAUCCCCAAAUGCAACUCUCAAUCUCAAAGCCCAAUUUUUUUGUUCAUGGAUUGAGCUGAAAAGAAAGAACACCGCAUAAAGCAGAGAAAAGGAACGGCGAAAAGAGAUGGAAUCCCUAAUUGAAGACGAAGAAUUUCGGUUUUUUGAUGCGCACGAAGAUAUCGCAUCAUGUUCCAGUGCAAGUUCCGACAGAAUCGAGAUCGAUGAUUCUCCAUCAUCGACUCCGGGUAAUUUCCAGUACGAUGUUUGGAUCAAAAGCCCAGAAAAAGCUGAAGAACGCCGAAGCAAGUUCUUGAAUUGGAUGGGAGUAAGUGUGAGACAAACUCAUAACGAAAAUUCGUACAAUGUAGAUCUGGGUUCAAGUAGGAACAGAAUCAACGAGGAUCAUAGCGGAGCGGUUCUUAUGACAUCAGGAUUCGAUGAUGAAUUUAGUUCUUGUCGCUCUGAAUCAUUUGUAUCGGGUUUAAGGGAUAAUGCAGAUAGCAUUGUAGAUGCAAGUGGAGCUAGAACGGGAGAUAAUUGUAGCAGAGUGGUUCUAAGGAACUUAGAUUUUGGUGAUGAAUUUAACUCUAGUCUAUGUUCUGAAUCCCAUGCGCUGGGUUUCAUGGAUAAUGUAGAUAGAGUUGUGAUGGAAAACGGUGAACUGAUUGAACCCGAAUCCCCGAAUGCGAGGAUUAGAGAUCAGACUGCCGUGGAACAGCGGGAUUUAGGUGGGAUCAUGAAGAGGGUUAAGGAGAAAUGGUUGAGUCGGUUGAGAAAAGUGCGUAAUAGGCGGAGAUCGGGAGAUGACUCAGACAAUGUUGCCGGUUUCGGGGGUGGAAUCGAGAGAGUUAGGGUUAAGGAGUACAAGAAACAGGUCAAGGAGCUUUCAGCUCUUUAUAAGGGGCAAGAAGUACAAGCCCAUGAAGGUUCGAUUCUCUCGAUGAAAUUCAGUCCCGACGGGAAGUACCUUGCAAGUGCGGGUGAAGACAGGGUUUUGCGGGUUUGGAGCGUCGUUGAAGAUGCUAGAUCCGAUGAACAUGACAUUCCCGAGAUCGAUCCCUCUUGUAUGUACUUCGAAGUGAACAAUCUUUCCGAGUUGAAACCCGUGGCUGUAGAAAAGGAAAAGAUUACAGGUGUGUUGAUGAGUCCGAGGAAGACAACGGAUUCAGCCUGUGUUAUUUUCCCCCCGAAGAUUUUCCGGGUUCUGGAGAGACCUGUUCAGGAGUUCCUCGGCCACACGGGUGACAUCCUUGAUAUCUCAUGGUCCAAGAACAACCGUCUGUUGUCAGCUUCAGUAGACAAAACUGUUCGGUUAUGGCAGAUGGGCUGCGAAAAUUGUCUCGGAGUUUUCUCCCACAGUAACUACGUUACGUCAGUUCAGUUCAACCCGGUUGACGAUGAUUACUUCAUUAGCGGUUCGAUAGAUGGAAAAGUUCGUAUUUGGUCAGUUCCUCACUGCCAAGUCAUAGAUUGGGCCGACGUUAGAGGUAUCGUCACUGCUGUGUGUUACCGUCCAGACGGGCAGGGAGGGAUUGUCGGAACUCUGACAAGUGAUUGCCUCUUCUACAACGUGUCGGAUCAUCAUCACUUGGAGCUCGAAGCUCAGAUAUGUCUGCAUAACAAGAAGAGGUCUUCCAACAAACGGAUUACCAGCUUUCAGUUCGCUCCGAGUGAUCCGAGCAGAGUCAUGGUAGUGUCCGCGGAUUCGCAAGUGAGGAUCCUUGAUGGCCUCAACGUUGUCCAUAAAUACAAGGGCUCUCGCAAUGCCGGGAACCAGAUAUCGGCGUCUUUCACGGCCGACGGAAAGCACAUUAUAUCGGCAUGCGAUGAUUCCUCUGUCUACAUGUGGAACUGCUGCGUAGGCCGGGGCCACGACCCUGAGCCGUCUUCGGGUUCCUUGUCGCGUAAGAAACGUCUCAAGAUCCGAUCUUUCGAGAGAUUCUCGGCUAACGUGUCUGUGGCCAUCCCGUGGCGCGGGCUCAACCCCGAACUCUCGCCUUCGCUGUUCUCGUUGGGACGGGAGUAUGUUCUGGAUUCUCCGAAGGGGACGGCUACUUGGCCGGAGGAGAAGCUCGGGCCGGCGAAGGCCAUCCGGAGAUCGCAGUACAAGUUUCUCCAGUCGUCGUGCCAGAGAACGUCGGAGUCUUCCCAUCUGUGGGGACUCGUCAUCGUCACCGGUGGUUGGGAUGGACGGAUCAGAUUGUUUCACAACUACGGGUUACCUGUAACCGUCUGAUCCAACGGCUGCUAAUGCACCACCACCAGCUUUCACAAGCGCCAAUUAGCUUGCGACAAAUGGCGGAUCCACAAGGCCUGUGGUUUUUGGUCUUUUUGUUGGGCCUGAGCUGCCUGAAUUAAUGGUGGGUUGAGAUUUGAUUUAAAAAAAUCGUUAUACAGGUUUUUUUUUUUUGGGGUUAUGCAAGUAAAUAGUCAAAUUAAUGUUAUUCAAAUGUAAGAGGCUUGGAUUUUACUGUUUCCACUUUCCAGAUUGUUAAUAUCCGGAUUGAUUUGGUU